UGCAUAAUUUUCCUUUGUUAUAUUUUUUAUUUUUUAAAAUUUUAUUUUUAAGUAUAAAAAUAAAUGGUAAAUCCAGCCGUUACCAAAUUAUACAGAUGACAAUUUUUGAGUGGGAGUAUCACCAACUGACAUGGUGAUAUGAUACCUUUCUAUAAUUUCUCUAGGAUGGACUUAGUAUAAGUUGUUGGAAUUUGAAUCCAGGAAAAACUCUGGAUUCUGCAUAGCAUAGGACUCGCAGAGGCAAACCAAAUAUAUUAUAUAAUGUAAGCUUACCCCAUCUCUCUCUCUCAUCACUAAUUUACACUAAUAAAAACUGAUUAUGGAUGCUGCUCAUGCUUAUGGAGACAACGACAACAAGCCUCGAUUCGAUUGUGCGUUGGUAUUAGUCAUCGCCAUCGUCUUCCUUAUCACCGUCGGCAUUGUAGCCACCGUCGUCUGUGGCGUCGCCAAGGAGCUUGCAAUCAAUCCUGUAGACCCCACGUUCCAUCUCCAAUAUGCCACCGUGUCCCUCCUCAACUUGUCCGCCUCGGAAUUCACCACCGCGUGGGACGUUACGCUCGUUGCGUCCAACCCCAACCACAAGCUCAACAUUUCCUACGACAGCCUGCAGGCCACCGUCUUCUACGGAACGGACCACAACGAAAGAGGCAGAGUCUUGCUCGCGACAAAGCCGGUGCCGCAUCCGCUAGAGUGUUUAACCACAAAGGCCAGUACCACUCUACGUUUCAAAAUCGAAACGGUGUCCGCGUACGUCGGUGAUGUCGUGGCCAGGGAAAUCUCGGACGGGAGAGCUCGUGGAAUGGUGAGGUUUGAGCUCAACAUGUUGGGCUGGUAUAAAUAUACCUCGUACAUGACAAAUGCCAGAAUGUUUCAGGCCUCGUUCAAACUGUUCAGGUUUGGAUUUUUGCCGGGUAAUUGGACCGGGUCACUGGCAGGAACGGGUCUGUCAAGUGAGCCUUAUCGGAUAAUUCCUAAGUAUUGUAUUAUAUAGUGGAGCAUUGGAUAGGAUAAGCAUGGUUGAAGGAACAUUGAAGUUGCUUCCAAUUGGACCUCUUGUACCAGGAACAAUCCUAUUUAGAAUUGGAUUCCAUUUUCUUAAAACAACUUCUUUCAUCCCCAACUUCUAUUCUAAUAUUAUUUUUUUGUGCGAAGAUUUAUGCUAUAUUUUGGAUUUCUUCGAAUGUGGAUUCAGAUUUUUUAAAAUUUAUUCUUAUUUUGAUAUUAAAAUUGUGUUAUCACU